CUGUCACUAACGUCUGACUAUACCGGUGUCAAUCAAUAUCCAAAUAAAUAUUAUUGAAAAAUAAAUAAAAUGUGCGAUGAUGUUCAAAACUGCUGUCGAAUAUGUCUGGACGUCGAAUCGGACCAUGUCAACAUACUGGAAAACCCCACCAUCACCCUUCAAUUGAAAGCAUGUCUUUCCGUAACCGUAUCAUCCAAUGAUCAUCUUCCUAAAACGAUUUGUUCAUCUUGUGUAUCGUUAUUGAACCAAUUUUAUAAUUUUCAACUCAAUGCUCGCUGUUCUCAAGACUGGCUUGAAUCUUCGAUCCAAGAAAAGUUGAAAAACAAGACGGAAAGCAAAAUGGUGAUACAGCCGUUACCGGACUCUGAAUACAACUCAGACUCACUCCUAGAAUUUCUAAACAAUACAGCGAACAUAGAGGAAUACUUAAACAACUUGGGUAAGGAAGAUAUACCGUGUAUUGUGAACAUGUUAGACAAAAAUGAGCAUAGUUUUGAAAUAAGUAAAUUGAAUAACAAAAUCACUAAAGUGCCAAGUCCUAAAAAAAUAAAUUUGGCGAAAAAGUUUAAAUCAGAAAAGGAUUUAUGUGAUUCAGAAGUACAGAUGGUAAAAGGUAUAGUAAUGAGGGAAUUAGAUAGCAAAACCAAAGUCAAUCAAGUAAAAGUAGAAUCUAGUGCAUUCAUCUGUUUUGGAUGUAAAACUAAGUAUGAUACAGUACAAAAAUUGCUACAGCACUUGAGUGUUUGUGACAUAGCAUCUAGAACAUGUAUACAUUGUGAUAUGCUGUUUAAUUCUAAGCAACAAAUGCAAAUGCACUCAAUUACACACAAUACAUCGGCUCCUUUUACCUGUAACUGCGGUCAAGAAUUCCCAUCUAAAGAGAGACUGUUACAGCACCACAAAACUUGUCUCAUGGACUAUGCAGCUUCGGUUGGAUGUGUGUACCGAUGUAAAGGAUGUGGAGACACGUUUAAAGAGAGAUUUCAACUGUACAAACAUGCUAAGGAACAUAUUGUUAAGGCUGAAGAGAGAGUGUGUGAUAUUUGUGGUCACACAUUUAAUGGUACGGAUGCCCUGAUUAAACAUAGGAAGGAUGAACAUGAAAAACCUGAGAAGGUUAUUUACAGAUGCAAAGUAUGCAACAUAACAUUGAUGGACCGCAAAGAAAUGUACCUACAUGUGAAGACGCAUACUUCCAAGCCGGAACCUACUCGUCACUUGUGCGAGUCAUGUGGACGUAGCUUCGCAACUAGAACCUCUUUAUUCCGUCACUCAAUACUCCAUGCAAGUGAAACAACGAUGUGCCAUAUUUGCAAUAAGCAAUUUGUUGAUGCCAAAUUAAUGGAACAUCAUUUAAAAGAACAUAUAGAAAUAACAAUCUGUGAAAAGUGUGGACAAGGUAUAAACAGAUACAAACUGGCUACUCAUACCUGUGUCUAAGGUGUAAAAUAAUAACAUUAUCAUGCGGCCAACUAGCUUAAUUUAUUUGUAUAUUAAAACACAUUGCUCCAUUAUAAAUAACCAAUCAUGGGUUUUUGGCCAAUGAAUGGUAAGCCACAAACUUUUUCUGUAC